ACAAACUUAGACCGAAACAUUAUGCUAACCAUCUAUCCUGUCCGUUAGCCUGUUUCAAAAUUCAAGGGACCACUUGGAGUUUGUCUUGUAGAAGCUUGGAAAUACUUGCAACUGACGACGAAUAUUGUAUUUAUUGCCUGUUAACUUGUUUUUUGGAUGCUCUGAACUGACAAUAGAUGGUAUCUGAAUUUUCUAGAAUAACAUACGAAGAUGCAAAUCCCUGCUAGUCUUUGCUAACGUUAGCCAUGAUGCUGAGCUAUCAACAAACACUCAGGUGCCAAUUAAUUAGGCACACCAGCUAAAACUACUGCAGUCUAAUACAACAACAUUCAUACAAAUGGGGUGGACAACGUUUAAAUAACACCACUGCAAACAAGAAUAAAACAUUAUAAGCUUCAUUAAGAUAACAUUUAUUGCAGAGCUGCUAUGUUUGACUCCUAUAACAUGGUGAUCAGUAAUUAAGUAUACAAAAUAUGUAGUAAACUGACUUGAAUAUGGAAAGCGAAAUAUACUAAGCAGUGGUAGAGGAAGUAUUGAGAUCCUAGACUUUAGUAAAAAUACUAUCAACAUACACUCAGGUGCCAGUUAAUUAGGCACACCAGCUAAAACUACUGUAGUCUAAUACAGCAACAUUUAUGAAAUGGGGUGGACAACACUGCAAACAAGAAUAAAACAUUAUAUUGCAGAGCUGUUAUGUUUGACUGCAUUAGCUUGUGCUGUAUACUUCCUAAACUGGCAAUGGAGUGUAUUUUAGAGACAAAUAUGAAGAUAUUUAAAUUUUGUAAUCUUUAAGACGACAUAUGUUAGCUUUUAGGUGGGCUUUGCAUCUUGGCAUGUUGGGAGAAUUUCCUCUGGAAGCUUUUACUCCGGACAUGUAACGUUAUAGUUUAUUAAAAUGGCAGACAUAAAUAGAGAAUGACACAAAAGAUGUUUCUUUCAGUCCUUUUCAAAUUGAGUUUUGCAGAAAAUGUGUAAGUUACACAGAACCUGGGAUUGCAUUAUGCUUAGCUGAUGACCACAAGGCCAGAGCAAAUUCUAACCAAGACUAAAGUUACUGCAGUUAAGGUGAUUCAAAAUAUCACACUGUCAAUGUGUAGGCAAGACGGUUUGACUAGCAAACAAAAGGUUUAAAAGGUGCUUUCAGUCUUUCUACGUUAUCUUGCUGCAUACGAUGGAGUAAUGUUUUAUUGCCACCUUCAUGCAGAACACAUAAUAAUUUACUCUAACUUUAAAACAGUGCAUUUAUUCUUUUGAAUCACCUCAAUCUGCAGUGGCCCAACUUGUGUUUCAUUUGUACAGCCUUUGUAUGUGUGUCUUUAUCACAUAACCCAGUUUCUUCCCCAGCAAGGUAGGCUAAGGGGUCCCGCCAAACCCCGAAUGCCAACCACAGCAUCCCAUUUCUUUGUCUUCAUGAAGAAACUGCAACUGAGAAGUGGCGUAGAGGGACGAACCCUGGAAAAUGUCCUCCAUUUGGGUUCUUACGGAUAGAUACGAUGGGCGUGGUCACUUACAUGACCUUUCAGAGUAUGACAGUGGGUCAUGGAAUACAUCCUACCAGCUGUCAGAGGAAGAGGACAGGAUCGAGGCGCUGUGCGACGAGGAGAGGUACCUGGCUCUGCACACAGACCUGCUGGAAGAGGAGGCCAGGCAAGAGGAGGAGUAUAAACGUCUGAGUGAGGCUCUGGCUGAUGAAGGCACCUACAAUGCAGUUGCCUUCAAAUACAGUGCUGACUACUAUGACCCCUCUCAGCCCACUGAGGAGGAGGAUGCGAGGAAGGAAGCUGAAGAGGCAGAGCCUGAGGAGAGUGAGGAGCCGUUCGUUGCUCCCCCAGGCCUCGCUAUCCCUCCUGAUGUGGAGCUGCCGGCAACCAUCAAGACCCAUAACAUCAUUGAGAGGACAGCCAACUUUGUAUGUCAGCAGGGGGCUCAGUUUGAGAUAGUCCUGAAAGCGAAGCAGUCCGGUAACUCCCAGUUUGACUUUCUUCGUUUUGACCAUUACUUGAACCCUUAUUACAAACACAUCCUGCGGGCCAUGAAGGAAGGUCGAUACAACCUUGUCUCCGCCAGCAAGCAAGAGCAGUCACAGGAAUCUCACUCUGAUGAUUCAGAUGAUGAUGGGGAUGGCAAUUACCUCCAUCCCAGCCUGUUUGCCCCUAAAAGGAGCUCUCGCCUGGAGGAGCUGGUGAAGCCUCUAAAAGUAAUGGACCCAGACCACCCUCUGGCAGCACUUGUACGAAAAGCCCAACAGGAAAGAAAUGGCACUGCAACAAUGGCAACCAAACCAGAGGAAGUGACAGAGCCAGCUGCAUCCAGCACACCAGCGCAGUACACUGCUGAACCAGCAAUGUACUAUGGGUACUACAUGCUUCCUGAUGGAACGUUCUGCUUGGCCCCGCCUCCUCCAGGGAUAGAUGCCACCUCCUACUAUAAUAACGUUCCCUCCACUGUCAUCACUCCCCCUGCAUCUACUGGGGCAUUGCCUAAUGCAGGAACGACACCCUCCCCUCAUGAAACUAUCGCCGCGGUGCCACCAGCUACAGCUUUGUCUCAGAUCACCAACUCUGCUGCCCCUGCUGUUGUACCAGAAACCAGUUUGAAAGCCGAAGCUCCAGUUUCCACACAAGCAGCAGCGGCCAUCAUCCCCCCACCACCUGACAUCCAGCCAGUCAUAGACAAGCUGGCCGCCUAUGUUGCGAGGAACGGUCUUAAGUUUGAGGCCAGUGUCCGUGCCAAGAAUGAUCCAAGGUUUGACUUUCUGCAGUCUUGGCAUCAGUACAACACCUAUUACGAGUUUAAGAAGAAUUACUUCCUACAGAAGGAAGGAAAAGGCUUGCCAGAGAGUGAGACAGUAGAUGAUGGUGAUAAGCUUGAAUCAGACACUUAUGUCAAGGAGUCCAAGCUGACAAAAGCCUGUUUUGCCCCCAUUUGUUUUGCCAUCAAGGCAAAGGAAAAUGACAUGCUGCCGCUGGAGAAGAACAGAGUUCGAUUGGACGAUGACUCGGACGAGGACAAGUUAAAGGAGGAGGAGGGGCUGGAAGCUGUGAUGGGUGGGGCUGAGAUGGUUGACAAGGAGCCUCCUCCAACCAGUGCGCCAGAAGAGAAGAGACCCUCCCUCAGUUUGGAGGAGCUGGAGGCAAAACAAGCCAAGCAGAAACUUGAGGAUCGUCUAGCAGCUGCAGCCAGGGAGAAGCUGGCCCAGGCAUCUAAGGAGUCCAAGGAGAAACAGCUACAGGCGGAGAGGAAAAGGAAGGCAGCGCUCUUCCUACAGACCCUCCGCAGCCCCUUUGCUGGGGAGCCUGAGGCCAAGAGAGUUGAUCUAGACUCUGCUGCACAGCUUGAGAUGCAAGAGGCCCUCUCUAUUCUGUCCGACUCUGCACCCCCCCAAGUGUCCUCCACACCACCUGCGUAUCCUCAGGAUCAAAGACCCCCUAUGGAGAAACAUGGAGCCCAUCGCAGCAGGGAGGCCCCCUCAUCCUCAUCCUAUAGUACCACCGCCAGAGAUAGGGACCGAGACAAAGACAGAGAUAGAGAUAGAGAUAGAGACAGAGAGCGAGACAGAGAUAGAGAUAGAGACAAAGACAGGAACAAAGGGAGGGACAAAGACAAAAAGAAGAAAAAACACAAGAGGAGGUCAAGGUCGAGGUCAAAGACCAGACACUCCCUUCCCAGUGCCUACAGGAGAACACGCAGGUCCCGAUCCCGCUCACACUCCCCAGGGAGAAGGGACAGGAGGGGCCCCUCAUCAGAGAGGAGACGUGAAGAGAGGGAGCGGGAGCGCCAUCUUCCUAGCAGCAGCUCCAGCCAGCCCAGGGGGCAUUCGAGAUCCAGGUCCCCUGAAAAAGGGAGGAGCACCUUGUCAGGACAGAUGCAAACUCUGGGUUCCUCUGUCUCCCCAUAUUACUCACCCAGCAGAGUCUUAUCCCCAUCAGCUAGCCCCGCCUCCAGCCUGGCCCUCUCCAGGGGAGGUUCUCAGGAGAAAGACAAGGCAGUGUCCUCAUCCAUAGUAUCCGCUGUUCAGUCCAAAAUAACUCAGGAUCUGAUGGCCAAAGUGCGUGCCAUGCUUGCCACCUCCAAGACCUUCCAACCUCCCAAUUCCUAAAGGGGGGGAGGGGCAUGGCUUUCUGCUUGCCACGUCAACCGCAGCCAAUUAGCGAGCAGCAUUCUCUGGUUUCCUGGAGAUUUAUUGGGCCCGGAUCUGUUUCACUUCCCCAUUUUUAUCCCUGAUUUAUUAUUUCAUCACCAUUUGAACACCGGCAGAUUCGAUUUGGCUACAUUAUGUCUUCUGCAGCAUUGUAAGAGUGACAUAAAGUCACUCACUGAGCUGAAAUGUGAAAUUGUCUGAGAAAACAACUUAUCUGCUGGGAGAUCAUGUCAGCGGUUGACAUGUUUUCGUUCAGGGAGAAUCACAUGUGGAAAUAAUCCACAUUAUGUUGCAUACUGUUUUUAAAACACUCUACUUUUCACCCACAUGGUGACAGUCAUUCUUUGCAGCAUUACCUAACGCUGCUGGAGGUCUCUCCUUCUAUGAAGGGUUCUGUUGUCCUGCUAAAUUCAAUUCUCUCCUCCAUCACCACAAUUCUCUGCUGUUGUUUUUCUCUUUCUGCCAGCUGUCUUCUCUCUCCACCACCUCACCUGUCUACUUGAGAAGCCAUUUUAAUUCUUCUCUGUCCUUCAGCUCUAGUGCGUGGCCUUCUAUUUCUGUUCCUGGUUUGUACUAUAAUCAAUAUAAUGCAGAAAAAUAUCUCAAUAAAGUUUGAAUUAUG